AUGGCAUCCAAAUCCAUCUCCUUGGUCCUCUUCCUCCUCCUUGCCGCCUUCACUGCGGGUGCAAGCGCAGCCACCUUCACCAUUACAAAUAACUGCGGUUACACAGUGUGGCCAGCGGGCAUCCCGGUCGGCGGCGGCACGCAGCUGGACCAAGGCCAUACAUGGAUCGUGGACGUGCCCACCGGCACCAGCGGCAGGUUCUGGGGCCGCACCGGUUGUUCGUUCAACGUGGAAGUGGCCACUGUGACAUACACCGUCGAUUGCGCUGGUGCGCUCUCCUGCACCGUCUCUGGGCAGCCGCCAGCAACGCUGGCCGAGUACACCAUCGGUGGCACUGGCAACAACCAGGAUUACUAUGACAUCUCGGUUGUUGACGGCUACAACCUGGCCAUGGCCUUCUCCUGCAGCACUGGCGUUGGGCUGGUGUGCACAGACCCUAGCUGCCCUGAUGCGUAUCAGUAUCCCACCGAUGAUACCAAGACCAUGGUACAGUCGGCGGGUUCGAACCCGUCUCCGGAGGUCCCGCCAUCGAUGAUGUCGUAUCCACCACCGCACCCUAUCCACCGUAUCCACCUCCGCGUGGCCCUCCUCCGACGCGUAUUGCGUGGCACGGUGCGCGGAGGUGGCGAUGCCUGUGAUGGACGUCGACUUGUGGUGUUCGGCGUGUUGGACUUCAUGUGA